GUGACGACAUCCGAAGCCGACGGACAUCUCGUCGCGCGCCCAAGCGACGAAGCCUGAACGUUCCCGCUCAUCGUCGAGCAUGGCGAGCACGACUCUGUCAACGUUGCCCUGCGCCGCCACGCGGUUAUCCGCCAUGCGUGCAGCUACGCGUCUUCCGGUGCUCGGCGCCAGCAGACUCUUCCGCGCCUCUCCAGUCGCCCUCCCCUUCCGACGCGCAGCCGCCCUCCCUCGAUUCCGUCUCAACUCGACAUCCUCGUCUUCCUCGUCCUCCUCCUCGUCAUCAGGCUCGAAAGAGUCUUAUCCACGAGACCUCCCGUCCGAUGCCUCGCUCGGCCAGCGCCUCAAACAUCUCAUCAAGGCCUACGGCUGGUACGCCCUCGGCGUGUACAUCGCCGCCUCCACCGUCGACUUUGGCCUCACCUUCGCCGCCAUCAACUUCCUCGGAGCAGAAAAGGUCUCGCAGUGGGCCGCCGCGGCCAAGGCGUACAUCAAGUCGCUCCUUCCCGCGUCUUCCAGCGAAGAGGAGGAGGCCCACGAGGCCGCCGACGCCGCAGCGCAGACGGAGGCGAAGAAGAGCGCGGGCACCGGCAAGGAGGGUCUGUGGGCGAUGAUCGUACUGGCGUACACGAUCCACAAGACGGUGUUGCUGCCGUUUCGCGUGGGCGUCACCGCGGCGGUCACACCCAAGUUCGUGGGCUGGCUGGCGAAGCGCGGAUGGGCGGGCAGCCAGGGCACCAAGCGCGCGGCACAGCACGUCAGGGACAAAUACGGGCGUAAUAGGGUGAAGAAGGAAUAAGACUGGCUUGGGGGGAAAUCAAACAAUGGCAUUCACAAAGACGUUCAUAUACCGUAUUCGCUGCAUCUAAUCUUGUGCUAAUGAUCAACAAAAUCACAUCAUGCGAUCC